GAGUGGGCGGAGGUCCAGAGAGGUGUGCGCGUUUGCGUGUCGCCGGCCCGGAAGGGUAAUUGUGCGGUUGAGGUGACCGGGAACUGAGCAUUUCAGAUCUGCUUGGUAAACCUGGUGCACCACCAUGCUGGCCGCAAGAUUUGUGUGUCUCCGGACACUCCCUUCCAGGGUCUUCCAGCCAGCUUUCACCAAGGCCUCGCCUAUUGAAAAUUCCAUCACGAAGAAUCAAUGGCUCUUAACACCCAGCCGGCAAUAUGCCACCAAGACAAGAGUUGGGAUCCCGCGCGGGAAAACUGGUCAAGAACUUAAGGAGGCAGCAAUGGAACCAUGAGUGGAAAAAAUAUUUAAAAUUGAUCAGAUGGGAAGAUGGUUUAUUGCUGGAGGGGCUGCUGUUGGUCUUGGAGCAUUGUGCUACUAUGGCUUGGGAAUGUCUAAUGAGAUUGGAGCUAUUGAAAAAGCUGUAAUUUGGCCUCAGUAUGUGAAGGAUAGAAUUCAUUCUACCUAUAUGUAUUUAGCAGGAAGUAUUGGUUUAACAGCUUUGUCCGCCCUGGCAGUGAGCAGAACUCCUGUUCUCAUGAACUUCAUGAUGGGAGGCUCUUGGGUGACGAUUGGUGCAACCUUUGCAGACAUGAUUGGAGCUGGAAUGAUGGUACAAUCAAUACCAUAUGACCAGAGCCCAGGCCCAAAGCAUCUUGCUUGGUUACUACAUUCUGGUAUAAUGGGUGCAGUGGUGGCUCCACUGACGAUAUUAGGGGGGCCUCUUCUCAUCAGAGCUGCGUGGUAUACAGCAGGCAUUGUGGGAGGCCUCUCCACUGUGGCCAUGUGCGCACCCAGUGAGAAGUUUCUGAACAUGGGAGCACCCCUGGGAGUGGGCCUGGGUCUCGUCUUCGUAUCCUCACUGGGAUCUAUGUUUCUUCCACCUACCACUGUAGCUGGUGCCACUUUGUACUCAGUGGCAAUUUAUGGUGGAUUAGCUCUUUUCAGUAUGUUUCUUCUGUAUGAUACACAGAAAGUAAUCAAGCGUGCAGAAAUAAUACCAGCAUAUGGAAUUCAAAAAUAUGAUCCCAUCAAUUCGAUGCUGGGAAUCUACAUGGAUACAUUAAAUAUAUUUAUGCGAGUUGCCAGUAUUCUAGCAACUGGAAGCAACAGAAAGAAAUGACAUGCCUCAGCUUCUGACUUCUUUAUACAUCAGAUAUCUUGCUUGUUUAAUAGGGACAGGUAUUCAUUAAAUAGUUCGUAGAAGCAGCUUUCACUGAAGUUUAGAAGAUAAGACUUGUCAACAUGUUUCAGUUGUUCCGGUGAUGUGAUGCUUCCGGCCUCCUUUUUCUUCUGCAGAAUAAAUUCAUUUCUCUUCCAAAUAA